UGAGGCAGUAAAGCGAGCGCGGAGCGAGGCAGUGCUAAGUGUUGCGGUUCCAGUGCCGGGGGAGCGACUGAGCGAGCGAGCGCGAGAAGAUGUCCGGGCGCGGGAAGCAGGGCGGCAAGGCGCGGGCCAAGGCCAAGUCGCGCUCGUCGCGGGCCGGGCUGCAGUUCCCCGUGGGCCGCGUGCACCGGCUGCUGCGCAAGGGCAACUACGCGGAGCGCGUGGGCGCCGGCGCGCCGGUGUACCUGGCGGCCGUGCUGGAGUACCUGACGGCCGAGAUCCUGGAGCUGGCGGGCAACGCGGCCCGCGACAACAAGAAGACGCGCAUCAUCCCCCGCCACCUGCAGCUCGCCAUCCGCAACGACGAGGAGCUCAACAAGCUGCUGGGCAAGGUGACGAUCGCGCAGGGCGGCGUGCUGCCCAACAUCCAGGCUGUGCUGCUGCCCAAGAAGACCGACAGCCACAAGGCGAAAGCCAAGUAAAUCUCAUCUGACUAACAACCCAAAGGCUCUUUUCAGAGCCACCCACAAGAUCCUAAAAGAGCUGAGUUACCGCAACAACAAUGAAUGCCGUUUUGCAUUAACUACUCCAUUCUUGUUUUAACUUUUUUUUUAUUUUUGGUUGGAUAAAGUAGCAACGUUUUCCAUGUUUGUGAUAACAAAGUCUUGCCAAAACGUC